GAAGAGCUGAAGAUGUUGUGCCACUUGGACUGUCUAGUUAUCCAGCCGAGCUAAAACCAUCUCCACAUGUAGCUGUUUCAUAUACAGAGAUUCCUAAAUCUGAUCGAGUUAACAUCAUUUGGAGAGGAUGAACUCACAGGGACAAUACAACUGAGCAUUUGUACACAGGAGAAUAAAGCAUGUAAAUAAAGCAGAUACACUGCUUGGAUUUAACUAAGCAAAUAGUAUGCUUUACACCAGGGGUAGGCAAGUUAGGUUCUGGACAGCCACAAUCCUGCAGAGUUCAGAUCCGACCCUAAUCCAACACACCAGGACAAGCUAAUCAAGGUCUUCAGGAUUACUAAGGCUACAGGUAGAGGUAAAGAAAAACAAACGUAUUAUUUGUACUAUGACUAGUCAAGAAGAAACUCAGACAGACCUUCACCACUGCUUAGAGUGUGGAAAGAGUUUUAGUCAAGAGAAGGAUCUCACAGCACACCAGCUCAUCCACAGACAAGACAAACCACAUCAGUGCUCGGAAUGUGGAAAGAGUUUCAUUUAUAAAUGUCUUCUCCAGCGACAUCAACGUGCUCAUACAGGAGAGAAGCCGUAUCAGUGCUCACAGUGUGAAAGAAGUUUUACCUAUUUGAGUAAUUUAUAUCAACACCUCCGAAUUCAUACAGGGCAGAAACCAUUUAUCUGCUCACAGUGUGGGAAAGGAUUUUCUCACCAGUUCAAUCUCAAAACACACCAGCGCAUCCAUACAGGAGAGAAGCCGUAUCAGUGCUCACAGUGUGGAAAGAGUUUUACUCAACGUAGUACUCUCCAACAACACCAGAGCAUUCACCCAGGAGAGAAGCCGUAUCAGUGCUCCGAGUGCUGGAGGGGUUUCCGGCGCAAGGUUGAUCUCCAGCAUCAUGAGCGCGUUCACACUGGGGAGAAGCCUUAUGUCUGUGCAGUGUGUGGAAAGGGUUUUAAGGUAAAGAGUUCUCUCCAGCAACAUGAACGUGUUCACACUGGAGAGAAGCCGUAUUACUGCUCUGAAUGUGGCAAGAGUUUUAAUCGUGCAGGUCAUUUCCAACAACAUGUGCGCGUACAUACUGGAGAGAAGCCGUAUAACUGCUCAGAGUGUGGAAAAUGUUUUAAUGAAAAAAGAAAUCUGGAAAUACAUCAGCGCAUUCACACUGGAGAAAGACCACAUCACUGCUCAGAGUGUGAAAAGAGUUUUAAUGAUCCAUCAGCAUUCAGGGCUCACCAGCGGAUACACACUGGAGAAAAACCCUAUCACUGCUCAGAGUGUGGGAAGAGCUUUACCAAUUCAAGUGAUCUGAAAAGACACCAAGCUGUUCACACUAAGAAAAGGAGACAGAACACAAUUUAGAGCUUUUUUCUCUUUAAUGCCAUGAAAUACCUAAGAGAAUAUAAAACACCCCGUUGGACCCACUGUAAAAUCAUAAUGUUGUGUAGGUGAGAUCUGUUCAAUUCAUUUUUUGCAGGGA